AUGUCGCAAGACAAGGCCAUUGGCGCCGAUGCGGUGCCAGCCGCCAGCCACCACAAUGAUCAUAACCAAGGCGAAGCCAUCACGGCGAUGCAGAUCGAGCGUGGGAUGAGCGUUCGAGACUCUCUUAGAUUCUGGCCCAAGGCCGUGAUAUUCUCGUUCAUCAUCUCUCUGGCUAUCAUCAUGGAGGGUUACGACACUAAUUUGAUGAGCAACUUUUACGUCUUUCCAGCAUUUGCCAACCGUUAUGGAGACGAGAUCAAUGCCAAGGGUGAAAUGAUAGUCUCGUCCCGGUGGCAAACAAUUAUCAACAACGGUGUUCAAGUCGGCUCCAUCCUUGGCCUCAUCCUCAAUGGCUUCAUCACCGAGUGGCUUGGAUACAAGAAGACCAUGAUUGUCUCUAUGGUUGCGAUGAUUGGUGCCGUUUUUAUCCCGUUCUUCUCCAAUGGUCUACCGAUGUUUCUUGCUGGUGCUCUUAUUCAGGGUAUCCCGUGGGGCAUCUUUCAAACUUUGGCUGUCACCUACGCUGCCGAUAUCUGCCCGAUGGCACUCAGAGGUUACAUGACGUCCUGGGUUAACAUGUGCUGGGUCAUCGGAGGACUCAUCAGCAGCGGCAUGCUUCGUGGUCUGUUGCAGAUUGAUAAUCAGUGGGGUUAUCGCAUUCCCUUUGCGAUUCAAUGGGUAUGGCCUAUCCCCAUCAUUAUCGGCACCUUGUUCGCCCCAGAGAGCCCUUGGUGGCUCGUUCGCCAGAACCGCAUGGAGGAGGCAAGAGAAGCGGUCCGCAGCUUGACAUCUCCUCAGAGUGGCGUCCACUUUGAUCUGGAUGCCCAUAUGGAGAUGAUGCGACUUACCAACCAGUUUGAGAUUGAGGUCAGCUCCGGAACUCACUACUGGGACUGCUUCCGUGGCAUCGACCUCCGCCGCACCGAGAUUGCGUGCAUGGUUUGGCUGACCCAGUCCUUCUGCGGAGUCCCUUUCAUGGGAUAUGGUGUGCAGUUCAUGACGAGCGCCGGUCUCAGUAAAGAAAGCGGAUUCUCAAUGGGCUUGGUGCAGAACUGCAUCGGUCUCAUCGGAUGCAUCAUCGCAUGGUACAUCAUGACCCACAUCGGCCGACGCACCCUUUACUUGGCGGGCUUGUCGUCCAUGGUCAUCAUUCUCAUUGUCAUCGGAGGACUCGGCAUCGGCGCCGAAUCGAACGCAAAGUCCUGGGGCGUGGGAGCUCUCAUCGUCGUGAUGCUCUUUCUCUUCCAGCUUAGCGUCGGUCCAUCUUGCUACACCCUCGUGGCUGAGAUGCCAUCCACUCGGCUGCGUGUCAAGACUGUCGCGCUCGCCCGUGCCUUCUACAACUCGGGUGGCUUCAUCGUCAACGCCAUUCAGCCUAAGAUUAUCGGAACAAACGACUGGAAUUGGGGAGCCAAGGGUGGUUUCUUUUGGGCUGGUAUUGCGGCCCUGUUCCUCGCGUGGACGUUCUUCAGACUGCCGGAGCCGUUUGGUCUUACGUACUCAGAGAUUGACUUGCUCUUCGAGCAUCGGGUUAGCGCUCGUCACUUCUCGCAAGAGGCAGCCGAUGCCCUAAGACCGCAGUUGGAGGAGGUCGCCAACCGUCAAGAGAAGAUUGCUGCCGUGGUCAGCCACCAUGAGCACGAAGUUUAG